CGACACGCCGAAACAUUCUUAUCCUGGCAGGCGUCAGGCAGACGGAACUCGGUUUAGUAACACGUAAAGCGCCGAUGAUGAUAGGCACCGUUCACAGUUGGUGCGAAUAUUGCCGUUUAGAGUACAGUGUAGAUCGUUUCGGCGAAAAACCCCAAAACGUGGCGUUUCACUGAAUACUGUGUCACAUCUGAAUCGCCCUGCAGUCUCACGCAACUAACAUCGGACAGCGAGAAAUUGCUCUGGUCAUUCAGUUUCGCUGCUUUUGGGUGUCUCUGCCCUCUUGCAUUUUUCCACUUCCGCUCCAAUUGUUCGAAUUAAACGUUGUGGCAGCGGCAGAGAAUGGUCCGGCAAAUUCGUAUAUACCUCGACAAUCCUAUAGCGACGUAUUACGGAGGCGAUACUGUAACGGGAAAAGUAAUCGUCAAAGUAGACGACGAGGAAAAAAUCCGCUAUAUUUCUGCAAAAUUUAGAGGUGAUGCCAAUGUAAGCUGGACUGAAUCGGAUUCAGAAACAGACAGUGAUGGCAAGUCUCGUACUGUCUAUACUACAUAUUCAGCACAUGAAAACUACCUCAUGACAAAAAUGUACUUAGUUGGUGGUCCAUCUCAGGAGAUCAUACUUCCACCAGGAGAGCAUAUUUAUAAUUUUUCUGUUAUACUACCAGAAAAUCUGCCAUCCUCAUUUGAGGGGAUAAAUGGUAACAUUCGUUACAUGGUCAGAGCAAAAAUGAAUCGUGUAUGGGCAUUUGAUGAUACAGUUAAAGCUUUCUUCACUGUUUUGUCACAUUUAGAUUUGAAUAAGGAUCCCUUGGUCAAGGAACCAGUUACAACUGUUGCUGAGAAAACAUUAUGCUGUUGUUGCUGUAGGUCUGGUCCUCUGACUUUGGUUGGCAAUGUUCCAGCUGUUGGAUUUGUUUCUGGGCAAGAGAUACCUGUGACUGUAGAAGUUGAUAAUGGAACAAAUGAGACAAUAAGUAUUGUUACCUGUUCUCUUAAGAAGAAUGUAUGCUUCACUGCUCAUUCACCCAGCACACGCACAAAUAAAACAUCAGAGAAAGUAGAAACUAUCACAUUUGAGCCUGUGGGUGAAAAUGAAUCUAAAACAUGGACCAAACAGUUGAAAAUUCCAAGUUUGCCUCCAUCCACUUUGAAGAACUGUGGCAUCAUUGAUCUUGAGUACUGCUUGGAUAUCAAAGCUGAAAUUAGUGGGCCACACACAAACUUACAUGUAAACAUCCCAGUAACAUUAGGAACCAUUCCCCUCUUUACAUAUAUCCCACCUGGGUUGCUGCAAAAUACUCCUGAAAAAUUACCCCUACCACCUACAGCCUCAGCACCAUAUCCACCACCACAAUCACAGUUCCCUACAGCACCAUAUCCUGCAAAUACUGCAGCUGAUAUCACAUCUGGCACAAGUCAGCUGGGAUUCUCAAAUGUACUGUUACCACUGCCAAGUCAGUCAAAUCUGACUCCAUCUGCACCACCACUUCCAUACCCAGAUAUUCCACCUCCUUCAUAUGAAGAGUGUAUGUAUGGAGCAAGUAAUGUGAAUGUAGGAGAUAAUGCAAGCCACACAGAAGAGGGAUACAAUCACGUUCCAAGAUAUCCCACAUACAACUUACGUCCUGGGGAAGCCACCAGAAUGUGAUAACUUCUCAUGCAAGGCCAUAUGGAUACACAUGCUAGUCCUGGAAUUAUCUGUGAAUCACAACCGCAGUGCAGAGACAGCAAUCUAAUAGGAUUAUGAAGAGUUAUUACCUAAGUGCAGAAAGCAUGGAGCUGCUAGUUUAUCUGGAUCAUGAGAUUGAUUACAAGGUCUUUUUCAUCUAUUUGCUGCCAUGCGCCUUAAUGCCUGUGUUACUUCAACAACACUGCAACACUGUUCCUGUAGGCAGUGUUCAUGAAGCCACUGAUUUUUAUCUCUCUGAUUUAGUGCAUACAGAGGGCAGAACACUUUGGAUGCUAUAAAAAAUUUAGUGCACACUGAAGGCAGAAACAACUGAUGUUAGAAAUAUAUCACUAUCUCAGUUGAAAGGACCAUUCCAGGAAGUGCCAACAAACUUACCCUUUCAUGAAGGGUUGACAUACUAUCACAAAAGAAAUUUUUAAAGGUCUCUUGUAGUAUCUUAGUGUAAUAUAGCACCCGUACUUAUUUAUAUUGAUGAAAGUUUCCAUGACAGACUCAUAAGCAUUGUAUGCAGCACCUGCAAAUGACUGACUGCUCUAGUACUGAUAUGAUCUGAAGAUGUUCAGUACUUAAGUGACAGCAGCAAUUUGAGUAAAAAUGUGCAGUGUUAGAUUAGUCUUUCAUGUUCAGUAACAGUUUUUUAAACAUGAGAGCAACCUACCUAUUUUGCUAAAUUUUAAAAAUUUCAGUCUUGUGUUAUUGUGUGGAAAAAAAGUAUCUGUUAAGAUGAUACUGUUUGUAUCUCUGUUGUAGUUUAUGAGUUUUACCCUCAUUGUGGAUGUUGCAGAAGUGCAUCUUUGUGAUAAUAUACUCUUUUUGUUAGAAUAUCAUACUUUCACAAUUUUGGUGCAUAAGUUUUUAUUUUAAUAACUAUAUUUCUUCCAUGUGAAAACUGUACAAAAAUAUAGUUUACAUUGAAUUUUUUGCAAAUGAUUUGUAUCCUGCCUAACUAAAACCGAAUUUCAUCUUAUGCAUGGUGCACUUAACUUUGGCAAGGAAAUUGUCUGGCAGUGAAAGUGAAUUCAACAAGGAAGUAAAGGGUGCUCAUCCUUUCUUAAGAAGUCAAAUCAUACUCUGAAUACAUAAAUCCUAAAGUGAGACUCUAAGACACUGGGGGUGAAAUAAUAUCUAACAAGAAUGAAAUUUCAUAUAUGACAUACAUUGGUGUAUGAUUAUUCAUUGACUCAUAAAUGUGUGAUGUAAAUCACAUCACAAAAAUGUUAGUGCACAAUAUGUCUUUAUCUUGCUAAUAGUUAAAUUGAAAGAUACUUUUUGCUUUGUUAUCCUAUAAUUCUAAGUCACAUCUAGUUUGUACUUCACUGAGCAUAAGCUUAAAACCUACGACAUGCCUGUUUUAUUGGCACCUACCCAUUUAAAGUCAUAUUGAAAUCAGCAUAGAGAAUAAAUUUUAUACGACAAACUGGUUUACGCUUUUAAAGUUCACCAAAAUACAUUCAUGGUUUUUAACUCAUGCUGUUCAUCAUCAAAUAGCCACCAUAGUGGUGUCAAAUUGAAAGACUUGCACCCGGCGAAUGGUCUACCCGACGGGAGGCCCUAGUCACAUGACAUUUACAUCAUCAAAUAAGAUUGAAUCCAAAGAUGGAUAAGCCACUCUCAACAUGUGCUGACAAUGUCGGCUAAUUGUCUUUUUUGUGUAUGAAAUUUGCAAAUAAAUUAAGUCUUCAAUGUCAGACAUGAAUAAUCUUUACUCUGUUUUGGCAGAGAAGAGGAAAAAAACAAAAAUGCAGAUAUAUUCUGUGACUAGCUAGAGAAUGAACAGCAAAGUACUCCUACAAAUAAUGCUAUAAUUGUUAUUGUUACCAUAAAUGCAUUGUUUUAAUUCACAAAGAAAAACUUUUUGAAUGGUCAGGUACCUUACAAUACACAGUAGAACUAACUCUUUGAAUUAUUUGAAAAUUUUCAUGUUAAACUUAGACACAAAUUUCAUGAGAUGACCAACCCCCCCCCCCCCCCCAAAAAAAAAAAGUAACGGUCACCAUGAGAUGACUUUAGUGAACUUCAAAUGGGUCAUGAUGGAAUGCUGAGGUGAAAUGCCAAAGAAAGUGACUGUAAAAUUAAUAAAAAUAGCUAAUGCUCACUUUGUACACUUGGUGACCAAUCUUGAGUUCAGAGUUUUCUUGCUGAAUGGGAAAUGGUUCACCCAGAACAGAGAUAAGAACUGACAUUGACAUACAAUGCAAAAUUAAAUCUAUUUUUAGGGUCCAUUUCAAGAAAGAAAACUAGAAAUGUGCAAUAUCCAGAAGUGCAUGGUGAAAUCUACCAACCAAUAGCACAGUUAGCAUGAGUAGGCAGACUUAAGGUUCAUGAAGUUUGGUUGCUCAGAGACACACUCGUAACAACAUAAUACCAAACACUUAGUUUUACCAGUCCAAACAUCCCACGGCACCCCCUUGCAUAUAAGAAAGAUGUAAAAACUCACAUUACACAGAUACAACAAUACUUCCACACUUCAAAAGCAACCAAAUACCUAAUUAACUGCAAAAUAUUGAGGCACAAUUAAAAAACAAUAAAUACUAUAACAGUACCUUCAAUCAGUCACAUCAUCUGACUCUAUAGAGAAGAUAGAAAACUGGCUGUGAAAAGUGAAUAAAACAGCUUCAGAAAAGUUAUUUCAGUUUUAUAACGGAGAUAUCAUAAAGAAAAGACAAGCUAAUAAACUAUUCAGGCGUGCUAUGGUGCUAAUCUAGCUGUAAGUAAUGUAAACAAAAAUUGUGAUACUCUUAGAAAUUUAUGAGAACAUGUUGCAUGUCAUAAACACAAUGCUGAACAUUUUCAUAUAAAAUCUGAUUGCAGUCUUGGGAUCUGAAACCAAAAGUGUUCACUGACAGUUACUUGUACCAGUUAAGCUACACAGCUGCUGUGUUGAACUGAAUCAAAUGUUGAGUCUCACAUGUGUUUUUUGCAACUUAUGUCCAUAUGUAUGUUUAGCAUUAAAGAAAUGCUUUCUUUUGUUAA